AUGGGGGAGAUAGUGGGGAAGGGUAAUGGAGAAAAGUUGAACAAGUAUGCUCUUUCCUGUACCAUAGUUAUCUCUAUGAUCUCCAUAAUAUUUGGUUAUGAUACUGGUGUUAUGAGUGGUGCCAUGUUAUUCAUAGAAGAAGAUCUCAAAAUCAACGACAUCCAAGUGGGAGUCCUCGCCGGAAUCCUAAACCUAUGCGCCUUGGUGGGUUCCCUAAUAGCCGGGAGAAUUUCAGAUUACAUUGGUCGUCGUUAUACAAUUGUUUUAGCCGCCAAUGUUUUCAUGGUUGGCUCGGUUCUGAUGGGGUAUUCCCCGACCUAUCCGGUACUACUAACCGGAAGGUGCAUUGCUGGGAUUGGCGUGGGAUUUGCACUUAUGAUUGCACCUGUUUACACUGCGGAGAUUUCGCCUCCUAAAUCCCGCGGCCUCCUCACCUCCCUGCCGGACAUGGCCAUCAGCUUUGGCAUCUUACUUGGCUAUAUCUCAAACUACUUCUUCGCCAAAUUGACUUUGAAGCUUGGAUGGAGGCUGAUGCUUGGUGUUGCAGCAAUCCCUUCGCUUGCCUUGGCUAUAGGCAUCAUGAAAAUGCCAGAGUCUCCCAGGUGGCUUGCAAUGAAAGGCCGUCUAGGUGAAGCAAAGAAAAUGUUGAUGAAAAUAUCCAGUAGUAAAGAAGAAGCCGAGAUGCGGUUCCAGGACAUCAAAAGUGCAGUUGGGAUCGAUGAAAACUGCACAGACAAUGUUGUCAAGCUUUCCAAAGAGGCUCAGGGCGGAGGGGCUUGGAAAGAGCUGUUGAUAAGGCCUACACCUGCUGUCCGCUGGAUUUUAUUCGCAGCAAUCGGACUUCAUUUCUUUGACCAUGCAACGGGCAUUGAGGCGAUUGUGUUGUACAGUCCAAGAAUCUUCAAGGCAGCUGGAGUCCACGACAAGGGAAAGCUCUUGCUUGCAACUGUUGGGGUAGGCCUUACGAAGACUCUGUUUAUAUUUGUGGCUACAUUUCUUCUCGACAAAGUUGGAAGGAAGCCGCUAUUAAUGAUAGGCACAAUGGGUAUGGUUAUAGCCCUAGCAGUGCUAGGUUUUGCCCUUACCAUGGUGGAGCACUCAAAAGAGAAGCUGAUGUGGGCGCUGAUCCUCAGCAUUGUUUCUGUCUAUACAUUUGUUGCUUUCUUUUCUAUGGGAAUUGGGCCUAUCGCGUGGGUGUAUCUCUCCGAGAUAUUCCCCCUCAGGGUGAGGGCGCUCGGCGUUGGCAUUGGGGUGGCUGUGAAUCGUGUCAUGAAUGCCUCGGUUUCCUUUUCUUUCAUUCCAAUUUACAAAGCAAUUACAAUCGGAGGGGCCGCCUUCAUGUUUGCUGGCUUUGGCGUGUUGUCUUUGGUGUUCUUCUAUUUCUUCUUGCCGGAGACCAAGGGGAAGUCUUUGGAAGAGAUUGAGAUGCUCUUUGGCAAAACGAAGAAAGAUGUUGGAAUAGAAGCUCAGCCCAUACGCAAUCAAUAUUAUCAAUAG